AUGAUCCGGUGGCAGCUGCCACUUGGAAGAGCGGCGAGCGGGUGCCCUUCCUCUACCUCGCCAGGGCUUGACAGUACGUUGGUUUGGGCUUUGGCUGUGCGUGGUGGGCUGUGCUGGUGGGCUGUGCGUGGUGGGCUGUGCGUGGUGGGCUGUGCGUGGUGGGCUGUGCGUGGGGGCUGUGCGUGGUGGGCUGUGCGUGUGGGCUGUGCGUGCUGGGCUGUGCGUGCUGGGCUGUGCGUGCUGGGCUGUGCGUGGUGGGCUGUGCGUGGUGGGCUGUGCGUGGUGGGCUGUGCGUGGUGGGCUGUGCGUGGUGGGCUGUGCGUGCUGGGCUGUGCGUGGUGGGCUGUGCGUGGUGGGCUGUGCGUGCUGGGUGUGCGUGCUGGGCUGUGCGUGGGGCUGUGCGUGGGGGCUGUGGGUGGUGGCGUGCGUGUGGCUGUGCGUGGUGGGUGUGCGUGGUGGGCUGUGCGUGGUGGGCUGUGCGUGCGGGCUGUGCGGCUGGGCUGUGCGUGCUGGGGUGUGCGUGGUGGGCUGUGCGUGCUGGGCUGUGCGUGCUGGCUGUGCGUGCUGGGCUGUGCGUGCGGGCUGUGCGUGGUGGGUGGCGUGCUGGGCUGUGCGUGCUGGGCUGUGUGGGGGGCUGUGCGUGGUGGGCUGGCUGGGGCUGUGCGUGGUGGGUGUGCGUGGGGGCUGUGCGUGGUGGGCUGUGCGUGGUGGGCUGUGCGUGGUGGGCUGUGCGUGCUGGGCUGUGCGUGGUGGGCUGUGCGUGGUGGGCUGUGCGGGUGGGCGUGCGUGGUGGGCUGUGCGUGGUGGGCUGUGCGUGGUGGCUGUGCGUGCUGGGCUGUGCGUGGUGGGCUGUGCGUGGUGGGCUGUGCGUGUGGUGGGCUGUGCGUGGUGGGCUGUGCGUGGUGGGCUGUGCGUGGUGGGCUGUGCGUGGUGAUGUGCUGUGGUGGGCUGUGCGUGGUGGCUGUGCGUGGUGGGCUGUGCGUGCUGGGCUGUGCGUGUGGGCUGUGCGUGGUGGGCUGUGCGUGGUGGGCUGUGCGUGGUGGGCUGUGCGUGCUGUGCGUGCGGGCUGUGCGUGUGGGCUGUGCGUGGUGGGCUGUGCGUGGUGGGCGUGCGUGUGGGCUGUGCGUGGUGGGGCUGUGCGUGCUGGGCUGUGCGUGGUGGGCUGUGCGUGGUGGGUGGCGUGCUGGGCUGUGCGUGCUGGGCUGUGCGUGGUGGGCUGUGCGUGGUGGGCUGUGCGUGGUGGGCUGUGCGUGGUGGGCUGUGGUGGUGGGCUGUGCGUGGUGGGCUGUGCGUGGUGGGCUGUGUGCUGUGGGCUGUGCGUGGUGGGCUGUGCGUGGUGGGCAGUGCGUGGUGGGCUGUGCGUGGUGGGCUGUGCGUGGUGGGCUGUGCGUGGUGGGCUGUGCGUGGUGGGGUUUGGCGGGCUGUGCGGCUGGGCUGUGCGUGUGGGCUGUGCGUGGUGGGCUGUGCGUGGUGGGCUGUGCGUGGUGGGCUGUGCGUGGUGGGCUGUGCGUGGUGGGCUGUGCGUGGUGGGCUGUGCGUGGUGGGCUGUGCGUGGUGGGCUGUGCGUGGUGGGCUGUGCGUGGUGGGCUGUGCGUGCUGGGCUGUGCGUGGUGGGCUGUGCGUGCUGGGCUGUGCGUGCUGGGCUGUGCGUGCUGGGCUGUGCGUGGUGGGCUGUGCGUGGUGGGCUGUGCGUGGUGGGCUGUGCGUGGUGGGCUGUGCGUGGUGGGCUGUGCGUGGUGGGCUGUGCGUGGUGGGCUGUGCGUGGUGGGCUGUGCGUGGUGGGCUGUGCGUGUGGGCUGUGCGUGGUGGGCUGUGCGUGGUGGGCUGUGCGUGCUGGGCUGUGCGUGGUGGGCUGUGCGUGGUGGGCUGUGCGUGCUGGGCUGUGCGUGCUGGGCUGUGCGUGCUGGGCUGUGCGUGCUGGGCUGUGCGUGCUGGGCUGUGCGUGCUGGGCUGUGCGUGGUGGGCUGUGCGUGCUGGGCUGUGCGGCUGGGCUGUGCGUGGUGGGCUGUGCGUGGUGGGCUGUGCGUGGUGGGCUGUGCGUGGUGGGCUGUGCGUGGUGGGCUGUGCGUGCUGGGCUGUGCGUGCUGGGCUGUGCGUGUGGGCUGUGCGUGGUGGGCUGUGCGUGGUGGGCUGUGCGUGGUGGGCUGUGCGUGGUGGGCUGUGCGUGCUGGGCUGUGCGUGCUGGGCUGUGCGUGCUGGGCUGUGCGUGGUGGGCUGUGCGUGGUGGGCUGUGCGUGGUGGGCUGUGCGUGGUGGGCUGUGCGUGGUGGGCUGUGCGUGGUGGGCUGUGCGUGGUGGGCUGUGCGUGGUGGGCUGUGCGUGGUGGGCUGUGCGUGCUGGGCUGUGCGUGCUGGGCUGUGCGUGGUGGGCUGUGCGUGGUGGGCUGUGCGUGGUGGGCUGUGCGUGGUGGGCUGUGCGUGGUGGGCUGUGCGUGGUGGGCUGUGCGUGGUGGGCUGUGCGUGGUGGGCUGUGCGUGGUGGGCUGUGCGUGGUGGGCUGUGCGUGGUGGGCUGUGCGUGGUGGGCUGUGCGUGGUGGGCUGUGCGUGGUGGGCUGUGCGUGCUGGGCUGUGCGUGGUGGGCUGUGCGUGGUGGGCUGUGCGUGUGGGCUGUGCGUGGUGGGCUGUGCGUGGUGGGCUGUGCAUGGUGGGCUGUGCGUGGUGGGCUGUGCGUGGUGGGCUGUGCGUGGUGGGCUGUGCGUGGUGGGCUGUGCGUGGUGGGCUGUGCGUGUGGGCUGUGCGUGGUGGGCUGUGCGUGCUGGGCUGUGCGUGGUGGGCUGUGCGUGGUGGGCUGUGCGUGGUGGGCUGUGCGUGGUGGGCUGUGCGUGGUGGGCUGUGCGUGGUGGGCUGUGCGUGGUGGGCUGUGCGUGGUGGGCUGUGCGUGGUGGGCUGUGCGUGCUGGGCUGUGCGUGGUGGGCUGUGCGUGCUGGGCUGUGCGUGGUGGGCUGUGCGUGGUGGGCUGUGCGUGGUGGGCUGUGCGUGGUGGGCUGUGCGUGGUGGGCUGUGCGUGGUGGGCUGUGCGUGGUGGGCUGUGCGUGGUGGGCUGUGCGUGCUGGGCUGUGCGUGGUGGGCUGUGCGUGGGCUGUGCGUGGUGGGCUGUGCGUGGUGGGCUGUGCGUGGUGGGCUGUGCGUGCUGGGCUGUGCGUGCUGGGCUGUGCGUGCUGGGCUGUGCGUGCUGGGCUGUGCGUGCUGGGCUGUGCGUGUGGGCUGUGCGUGCUGGGCUGUGCGUGCUGGGCUGUGCGUGCUGGGCUGUGCGUGCUGGGCUGUGCGUGCUGGGCUGUGCGUGCUGGGCUGUGCGUGCUGGGCUGUGCGUGUAUGGGCUGUGCGUGGUGGCUGUGCGUGGUGGGCUGUGCGUGGUGGGCUGUGCGUGGUGGGCUGUGCGUGGUGGGCUGUGCGUGCUGGGCUGUGCGUGGUGGGCUGUGCGUGCUGGGCUGUGCAGUGGUGGGCUGUGCGUGCUGGCUGUGCGUGCUGGGCUGUGCGUGGUGGGCUGUGCGUGGUGGGCUGUGCGUUGGUGGGCUGUGCGUGGUGGGCUGUGCGUGGUGGGCUGUGCGUGGUGGGCUGUGCGUGGUGGGCUGUGCGUGGUGGGCUGUGCGUGGUGGGCUGUGCGUGGUGGGCUGUGCGUGGGUGGGCUGUGCGUGGUGGCUGUGCGUGGUGGGCUGUGCGUGGUGGGCUGUGGGGUGGUGGGCCUGUGCGUGGUGGGCUGUGCGUGGUGGCUCUGCGUGCUGGGCUGUGCGUGCUGGGCUGUGCGUGGUGGGCUUUGCGUGGUGGGCUGUGUGCGUUGGUGGGCUGUGCGUGGUGGGCUGUGCCAGGUGGGCUGUGCGUGGGCUGUGGUGGGGCUGGUGCGUGGGCUGUGCGUGGUGGGCUGUGCGUGGUGGGCUGUGCGUGCUGGGCUGUGGGCACACGACCUGCUGCCCAUCGUGUACCUGGCGGCCAAUCGCGUUGCGCCACCUCACGAGGGCGUGGAGCUGGGGAUUGGCGAUGCGACCAUCAUCCGCGCUCUGGCUGAGGCGACCGGGAGGAAGGAGGCGGUGGUUAAGUCGGAGUACAAGGAGUGUGGCGACCUGGGGCUGGUGGCGAAGGCCAGCCGCACCACGCAGCGCAUGAUGAUGCAGCCGGCGCCACUCACGUGCCACAAGGUCUUUGAAGCCUUCCGAUUCAUCGCCAAGGAGUCAGGCAGUCAGAGUGUGGAGAAGAAGCGGGCGCGGAUAAAGCAGCUGCUGGUGUCGGCGCGGCAGCAGGAGCCACAGUUCAUAGUGCGCCUGCUGCAGGGCAAGAUGCGCAUCGGCCUCGCAGAACAGACGGUGCUCGCCGCCCUGGCUCAGGCUGCUGUCAUGCACGAGGACUUCCGAGAGGGCACCGGUGUUGCUGCUGGUGAUGCUGCCGCUGCUGCUGCUGGUGCUGCUGGUGCUGGUGGUGGUGGUGCGGGUGGUGACGAUAAGGAUGGGGGCAAUAAGGAGGGUGGGGAUGGGGCUGCUGCGGCAAUUGGGAGAGGAGGGGAUGGGGGGACGGAGGGAGAGGUUGAGGAAAAAUGGCCGGGGAAGGAGAGUCAAGGAGGAAAGGUGCUUUCAAAGAGGGAAAAAACUGGCUCGACUGCCGGGAAGACUAGAAGAGUGCGCAUCAUGAAGCAUGCGUACUCAGUCCUCCCAGUUUACGACCAAGUUGUUCCAUCCCUAUUAAGAGACGGCAUAUGGGCCGUUCCCGAGGCGUGUCAGUUCACCUUGGGAGUGCCGGUGGGGCCCAUGCUGGCGAAGCCCACACGGGGGAUAUCGGAGAUUCUGGACAAGCUGCAGGGGCUGACGUUCACGUGCGAGUAUAAGUACGAUGGGGAGCGCACACAGGUGCAUGGGCUAGCGGACGGCACAGUGCAGAUCUACAGCCGCAAUGCGGAGUGCACCACUGGCAAGUUCCCCGACCUCGUACAGGCUGUUCAGAAGCACAAGAAGGCCCAUGUGCACAAGUUUGUGCUGGGUGCAGAGGCAGUGGCAUACAACAGGGAUAGCCCAGCACAAGAAGGCCCACGUUUAUGUUGGAUGCAGAGGGCAGUGGCGUAUGACAGGAGGAGAGACAAGAUUCUGCCGUUCCGGUUGCUUAGUUCUCCUCUGUUUCCCCUCUUCCUUACUUGCAGGCACAAGAAAAGUCACGUGCAGACGUUUGUAUUGGAUGCAGAAGCAGUGGCGUACGACAGGGAGAGCGACAAGAUUCUGCCCUUCCAGGUGCUAAGCACGCGGGCGCGGAAGGGCGUCAUCAUGAGCGACAUUAAAGUGCAGGUGUGCAUGUUCGCAUUCGAUCUGCUCUACCUCAACGGCCAGCAGCUGCUCACAGAGAAGCUCGUGCGGCGGAGAGAGGUGAGGCACGGCAGAGAGGUGAGGCACGGCAGAGAGGUGAGGCACCACAGAGAGCUGCUGCUGGAGUCGUUUGAGGCGGCCAAGGGCGAGUUCCAGUUCGCGACGGCCAUCACGACCAGCAAGGAGGAGGAGCUGCAGGCGUUCUUUGACGACGCUGUCAACCACAGCUGCGAGGGCGCCAUGGUGAAGACCCUGGACGUGGAUGCCACAUACGAGCCGGCCAAGAGGAGCAACAACUGGCUCAAGCUCAAGAAGGACUACAUGGAAGGGCUGGGCGACUCCUUGGACCUUGUGCCAAUCGGGGCGUUCCAUGGCCGUGGCAAGCGAACAGGUGUCUUCGGGGCGUUCCUCCUGGCGUGCUACGACCCUGACACGGAGGAGUACCAGUCCAUCUGCAAGAUCGGCACCGGCUUCUCCGAAGCAGCGCUGGAGGAGCGAUCCGCAUCGCUGCGCAAGCGAGUCAUUGACAAGCCGCCUCCCUACUAUCGGUAUGGGGAGACGCUAGGAGUGGAAGUGUGGUUCGAGCCGUCAGAGGUGUGGGAGGUGCGGGCGGCGGAUUUGUCCAUUAGUCCCGUGCACCGGGCGGCAACCGGGCACGUGAAUGAGACGAAAGGAAUCGCUCUGCGCUUCCCCCGGUUCCUGAGGCUGCGAGAUGAUAAGAGCGCGGAGCAGGCCACUUCCAGCGAACAGGUUGCUCAAAUGUACAAUGCACAGAAGAUCAAUCACGUAGGCGGCAGGGCCAAGGAUGACUAG